CAGUGGUACUUCUGUUCCCCAGUUACCCAGUGCCAAGGUAAAUUAAUCUUCAGCAGCAGCUGUCCUUUAUAUCCGCUGACAGUUGCCCAUUCUGGCUAAAGUUGCUGAAUCUUUGAAUGUUCCUCUCCAGUUACCGAAAGCAAACCCUUUUCCAUUUCCUUGUGAUUUGGCAUUAUUUGUGAUGUGGCCGCGUUCUGUUGCUAUGGGAGCAGAUGUUGCUUUGGCUCCAAAGCCCUUUCAUUCUAUUGUGUCUCCUGAGUGCUGCCUCCAGCUCGGUGCUGCAGCUCCGGGGCACAUUCCCCAACGAGUGCCCCUUUCAGGAUUCCGGCAUCCCAACCCCCACAUCCUCCUGUGUCUCUGGCAACUGCGGGACACCAGUAAGCGUUUCAAUCUCCAGUUUCCACCACCGUCUCUCUCACUGAAGAGUUUCUCUGCCGACCGGGUAUGUUGUGUUCUGAAGACAGUUGAGAGACUCGGGAUGAGGGCAAAUUCUCCCUGAGCGGAGGCGAAAGCAUUAGGAAAUUUGUGUCCAGGAGGGAAGUUUGACGUUGCAAUGGCGAGAUGACAAACAUUGCAGAAGGACGCCUCCAGAUCCUGCAGGUUUACAAACUCAUCCAGUACGUCCGGCAGCGGAACAAAGCCGAGAUCGAGAAGCUGCUGACCGUGGGGGUGCCGCACUUGGUGAAUCUGAGUGAGCCCAGCCAGGGGGAAUAUGCCCUGCACUUGGCCGCGCUGGCCAACGAUGUGGAGAUCUGUAGGCUGCUGCUCUCUCUGGGGGCUGAGCCGAACGUGGUGGAUAAGGAUGGCCGCACCGCCGCGAUGAUCGCCGCUGAAGCCGGCCACGACAAUGUCCUGGAGGUACUGGCUGACGCCAACACGGACAUGUCCAUCGUAGACAAGAAGGGCAAAGGCAUUCUAUAUUACUGUAUUGCUCCCACUAUCCGUCACCUUCAUUGCUUAGAGAUUUCUCUUGCGCACGGAGCUGAUGUUAACAAUUGCUCACAUGAUGGAAAGCCAGUCUUCUUGUUGGCCUGUGAACAGGCCGCAGCCUGCACCGAAAUGUGUCUGCAGAUAUUAGAGAAAGGUGCUGACCCAAAUUCCAAGUUUGAGAUCAGGAGCAACACCAAAACGAAAAACCUGCAGCAAAAGACCCCAGCGGCUGCCGCAAAAGCCAACGGUCAUAAAGCUGUAUCGAAGGAACUCCGCAAGGUCGAGCGCCUCAUCACCAAGUACGCCAAGCCCGACGUGAAAAAUCCCAAUGCACCCUGGGCUAUCCGGCUCUAUGACUGGUCGAUGUAUCACGAGCUCGCACUUCGGAAUCUAUUUGCCACCAUGGACAGAGGCGAUGGCACCUUGACGAGGGAGGAUUUUGCUGCCAUCCUUAUGGAGAAAAACGCGCCAAUGGCAGAAGAAGAAAUAGCUGCACUAAUAUCCGCCCAUGACAAGGGCCGGACCGGAGUCAUCGAUAUCAACGAGUUCUUCAAAGGCACGAAGUACCUCGAAAAGGUUUUCCUUAUGUCUUCAUAUGAGCCCAAGAAGAAAAAGGGAAAGAAGGGAAAGCGUGGGAAAAAGGGAAAAGUCGCGAUACCCAUACCGAUUUGCACCCUUCCUGAAGAACAUAUGAUUCGGCGGGAGGAUGGGGGCCCACCAGAGUUUAUGAUCGAAAGCCACAAGACAUUCACGGAUAGAAAUCGAUUCAGCCGUGAUAACCCACCCCAGCAUCCUCUGCAAGAUGACUCUGCAUGGUACUUGGACAAACCAGAAAAGGUCUACACAAAUAUUAACUAUGCAGCGAGAGCAGAGGAUAUGCAAUCAUUAAAGAAAGCAUUUAUCCAGGGAGUGCCAGUUGAUGUGCAGGACAAAUUUUUUACCACUCCACUUAUGGCAGCCUGUGCGGAUGGGAAUUAUACACUUGCCAAAUACCUCAUCGAAUCAAAGGCUAAUGUAAACGCAUAUGAUAAUUUACUGUGGACACCUCUUCACCAUGCUUGCCAUUCAGGAGAGCAGGGCAUUGUUGAAUUGCUACUGAAUGCUGGUGCGUCGGUUAAUGCAGUUUCCAUUAAUGGAGCCACACCUUUAAUGAGAGCAAUAGAGAGCUGCAAAUUGGAAUGUGUAACAUAUCUGAUUAACCAUGGAGCUAGUGUUGACAUGGAGAACAAUAAAGGGCAAAAUGCUUUGGAUAUUGCAAAUGCCUAUGCAGACGUAAGGAUAACUCAAGUGGUCAAGGAGAAACUGGAUAGCCUUCCAAAGAAAGAGAAACCCAAAAAAGGUGGGAAAGGUGCAAAAGGAGGCACUUCGGCUUCUUCAAAGCUUCAGGCAACUCUAGCUGGAACUGACAUGAUGACACCGUUUUCAACUCAGCCUCGCGCAUUGAAAUCACCAAAGAGAGAGUUUCCCAAGGAUAGCAUAGCAAGGAAAAGUGAAAUGCUCAACAGUGGUAUUGCCAAGAAAGUUGACAUUACAUUUGUACCAAAGACUAUAUGGACCACCCCACCAACAACUGAAGAGCUAAUUCAAAGAAGAGUACAAAACCGGGAGAAAUUCACCUAUGAAGUGGAUUUUAAUGCUUACCUAAUGCCUUUCAAGAGAAAUAUCAAAAAGAAAUUGGAAGAAAUAAAUAACUCCUCUUCCAAAUAGGCAGGACGUUUGCCACUGCAGACAUUUGGGAUGCUUGCAUUGAGCAGAGGAAUGUGAAGGAAUAAAAGACACACACAACAGAAUGGCUCUUUGUUACCAUGGCUUUCACAUACUUAUUAUACAUAGGCUUGUGUAACUCUUAAUGUCUCAUUGGG